CUUGUCUUCUUCAACUUUGCUACAUUUCUCUCCGCUCCAACCACCUUGGCCCAGUUUACAUGGUAGCGCAACCGGUCGACAGCUGCUCCAUAUCCGGGCCGCCAGGCUGAUUGUCUCCUCUACCUAGUUCUGUCAAAGCCAAAGGCGUCCCUACCCCCGGGCCCGGCCGUGGCUGUGGCUAAUCACCAUGGCGUCCAUCCCCUCGACGAAUUCAAGACCUCUCUUGUUCCUUGUACUGGCUAUUGCAGUGGCUUAUAGCGCUGCUCUGCCAUCCAGGGAGCGGGUGCCAUCUAUUAAUGAUGGUGAUGGUGAUGACACAUACCACAAGCGUGCUGUAGACCCUGCUGAUCUACCAGAGGAUGAUGAAGACAGUUGGAUUGCUUCAUCUGGUGAGGGGCAUGUCAUAUCAGCUGAGAAGGAGAACAUACGGCAUGCGGAAGAAUCCAGAGGAGCAGCGGAAGAAGCUCGCCGCCAGGACAGCCCGACCACCGAAGCUACCCGAGGUUGGCAGAUAUUCAGCUUACACACAACAGCUGCUCUACAUAUCGAUGACCAGCAAGACGGCCUGCGAGCCUUCAAUCCGGGAGACUGGGUGACAUAUAGCUUGCAUGCAAUAUCUGCUUCGCCUACAACAAAGGCUGCAGCAACCCAUAUGCCAGAGCAUACGGUGGGAGGAGAAGGAGGACCAGGAGGAGACAGCGUUGACAAUGGUGGGCUGACUAAACGCAGUUUGUCCGCCAUGAUCUUUGUCUGCAAUGCUAUACAAUUAGCAAGUGAAUACCACUGACAACACUCACAGCAGCAGAGGUGCCAGUUGCUGUACAGGCGCAACAGCAACACCCACUCUUGUAUGGAUCUACCUGGGGAGCGACUUAUUUUUCAAGCUAUGCAUUCUCUUCCUGUACAAUUUUCCUCGGAAGUAGCUAGUACAUCCAUAAUCCCCUCCCACUUCCGAUGCUGCCACUGCCGCCGAUGGCAGUGCCACUGCCGCCGAUGGCAGUGCCACUGCCUGACUGCAACAAUGAGCAGUCCAUCGCCGGUAGUGUAUUUUUUAGUGUGUUUACUUGAUCAGGCCCGUAGCAGCCCCAUUUUGGUUGGUCCGGCAAGAUCCGACUUCGAUGCUCCCCCCCCCCCCCCU